AUGAUAUUGGGACUGAUUGGUUCAAUUGGAGUUGUUUUCUCAAAAGACUACGGGGCUGGAAUCAGUCUUGAUUUCGGGAUAAAGAAGGCACCAAAUCCCCACUAUAUUGAGUACAGCAGAAGUGGGGUGAGCAAACUGGUGCCACCAGAACAUGAUACAAAAAACAGGAGUGUGAUAGCAGGGAACCUGGGCAAUCCGAUAGUGAGAAAGGUGCCAUCAUCUGAUCAAUACGAGUCAGGGCAGACUACCAGGAAUCAACCAAAAUUGUUAGGAGAGAGGGUGGUUAUAGGAAGAGAGGGUACGAAUACGUCAGUUGUAGAGAAUGAGGUAUUUGAUUUAUCAACCAAACAGCAUGAGCCAAUUGAGUACAACCAAUAUGCAGUGGUUCCUGGAUCACUGAUGUAUAAAACAGCUCACCCUGGGGAGGUGUUCUUUGUCUAA